AUGGAUGCUCUUGCCAUACUCUGCAGUGGUCGUGAGGAUCUAUGGCCACACUUCUUGCAGCCGGUUACAUUCGCUCAUAACACGAAUCCUGGUAAUGGUCGGUUAUUUUCGCCGUAUUUUAUUACUCAUGGUGGUCGGAAUCCACCCACUCUGCCGGACCUUUUGUUGAAGAGUCGCACUAAUUCUUCAUGCGAGCCUCCAGAUCUGGAGAUAGAUUCUAUGGCAGUUGAUAUGGUGGAAUCUAUGAAGACUGCCCACGUAUGUGUCCGUCUUGCCCUCCAAGAUACUCGCUUGAAGGCGAAGAACAAGUACGAUAAAAACCGAUCCGUACCGGACUUCGUUGAAGGGGACUUUGUUGGCCUUCGAGCUCCGCCACGACGAUCGAAGCUGAGUUUGAAGUGGCGCGGUCCUUAUAUUGUGAGUGAUCCUUGCAAUAAUACCGUAUUUCUCAAAAGUGUUCCUCAUGGACCUCCUACUACCGGUACUCGAGUCAAUGUGGAUAGGUUGAUUCACUUGAACUUAUCUGGGGACCUUGACUCCACUACUGUCGAAAGAUCUGUCAUUGAUAACCAACAUGGUCUUGUUAAUUUCCCCGCUAUAUCAGAAGCUGGUAACAUUAUCGAUGACCCUCCUAUUCCUGUUCCGACUGUACCAGUGCAGCUAAAGAAGUCUCUGAUACCGUCUACGGGAGAAUCCAAUGUCUCCAAUAUCGUAGAUGCUCAGGAAGGAGAAGUCGUUGAGAUCUCGAGAGGAGUACCUGAUCCUCAACGAACCUUUGCUUUGGUAGACAGGAGUUUCAAGGAAGAUUUCGUGGGUAUUGGUACAACCCGAAAGGAUAGAGAAAUGAUCACCGCACUUUUCGACGCAUGUCCAGCCCAAGUUGGUCUGAGUCCUAGAAGAGCGGUGGAACUCAUUAUGAACUAUCCGGGUUACCGUCGAGGAUAUUUAAAAAAUGUUGCACAUCAUACGAUCUCGUUGACUGUAGAUCGCUAUGGUUGGCUCCAGCGAGUCCAUACUCGUCUUUAUUUCAUCGAAGAUGCUUUGGGUGUUGGAUAUGUGGUUGGUGAAUUAUUACGCAGUUCCGUUACAGGCGAAAAAAAGCACUUGGUGCGAUUUUAUCAAGUUGUUCGUCCCGGAAGUGAUGUCAUAUGUGAGGAAAUGUCGCCUCCGGAUUGGAUUCUGGAUAGUGAGAUUAUCUUUCCAUUGUCGAUAACCGAAGAGAGACUGCCUCAUGGACAUUUACGUCUUUAA